AUGGCGAUCUUCAGGCAGCUGUCCCUGCGUGCAAAGGCUGCCCUGGCCGCCGGCACUGUCUUCGUGUCCAUGAUUGUGUCCCGCUCCUGUCUGGCGGGGAGCCUUGAGCUCCGGGCCUGGCGUUGGCUGUUCCGCCUGCAGCUCGCCCUGUUUGCCAACUCGCUCAUGCUCAUUGGCUCCCUCUACAUCUGGCGGAGCACAGUCAGCAACCUCAGCCACUGCCCGGGCGCCGAGUCCGCCUGUUUCCAGCUCUGGAAGAUGGCGGUUGUGGCGUUUCUGGCCCUGGCCCAUUCCAGCUUCUUCACCAUGCUCUUUUUAGUGGCCGAGGAGCCCUAUCUCUUCUCCUUGGCAGCCUACUCCUGCCUCGGGGCGUACAUCAUCAUGGUCUUCUUCCUCUGCACCCUCAGUGGCAUGGAGCAGGCCUAUCAGCUCGUGGCCUGGCGCAGCGGCAGGGUCGUGGGCGGCCUCGACAAGACAAGGAAGGUGGCGGUCAGGCCGGCCCUGGCGGUGGCAGUGACCGCUGUGCUCAGUGUGGCUGGGCUUCUGAACGCCGCCCAGCCCCCGGCCGUGAAGACCGUGCAGGUGCCCGUCCGUCAGCUGCCUCCCUCGAUGGACGGCCUCAAGAUCGCGCUCCUCUCCGACAUCCACUUGGGCCCCACCGUGGGCAGGACCAAGAUGGAGAUGUUCGUGAGGAUGGUGAACGUGCUGCAGCCAGACGUCACAGUGAUCGUGGGGGACCUCUGUGACGCGGAAGCCUCCACCCUGCGGACGGCGGUCGCUCCUCUGGACCAGCUUCGCUCGCGCCUCGGCGCCUACUUCGUCACGGGGAAUCACGAGUACUACACGUCGGACGUCAGCAACUGGUUCGCGCUGCUGGAAUCCCUGAACGUCAGGCCCCUUCACAACGAGAACGUGAGGAUUUCCGCCACGGGGGCCCAACCCGGGGGCGCUGAGGACGACGACUGGAUCUGCUUGGCUGGGGUGGAUGACAUCGAGGCGGACAUCCUGCACUACUACGGCCACGGCAUGGACCUGGUCAAGGCCCUGGGGGGCUGCCGCCCGGACCGCCCCACCAUCUUGCUGGCUCACCAGCCCCUGGCUGCCAAGAGAGCCCUGCAGGCUCGGCCGGAUAUUAGCCUCAUUCUUUCUGGGCACACGCAUGCCGGGCAGAUCUUCCCCUUGAACGUGGCAGCCUAUCUCCUCAACCCCUUCUUCGCCGGCCUCUACCAGGUGGCCCAGACCACGUUUGUGUACGUCAGCCCGGGCACCGCCUACUAUGGGAUCCCCAUGAGACUGGGCACCAGGGCAGAGAUUACCGAGCUCAUCCUGCGGCGGGCUCCUUGA